GCGCCGCGGCCGAUGCGGUGACGUCACAGCACCCCUGACGGGGGGCGCGCCCGUCGGCGUCGACAGUCCAGUCGCGCCGCGCGCCCGUCGGAGUGUGUGAGGUGUCGGGUCUGUGGUGGCUCCGCGGGACCGUCUGACAGCUCGCAGAGGAGCCGCUCGACCCUGUCGAUCAGUGCGCAACCGCCCCCGAUGUGUAGUGAGAUCGUCUCGCUGCCGAGGGAGUGCGUAAUCUUCCUGCGAUGAUCACCAGGCUGACAGCAGCGCUUACCUCCUGUCUCCACUUAUCCGCCGUCCUUGGACAAAUCGACAUCAGUGGAGUGGCGGUGCAGACUGUGGUGGGACUGGUCGACGGAGCCGUCACACUGCCCUGUGAAGCCAGCCGGCCUGACCCGGACGAUAAGCUGGAGCUGGUACUCUGGUAUCGACUAGGCUCCAAGCUGCCCUUUUACACGUACGACGCCAGAGGUCGGCCGGCCGGCAGAGGUCACCAUUUGACCGACGACCUUCUGUCUCCGCGCGCCCGGGCCCUCUACCAGCUCUCGCCUCCGGCACUGGUGCUCAGCAGUCUGAGACAGCUGGACCGGGGCGUCUACGUGUGCCGAGCCGACUUCAUCCAGAGCCCGUCCAGGGUGGGCGUCACCAACCUGACCCUAAUCGUGCCACCUGACGAGCCAGUCAUAUACGACAGCGAAGGAAUGCGACUGCUGGACGUGACCUCACCGGUGCCAGAAGGGGAAUCGCUCACUCUCACAUGUGAAACGACGGGAGGCCGUCCCCCGCCGAAGCUGCUCUGGUACUGGAGGGGCCACCUGCUGGACAACACGUUUGAGAACGGCCCGGCCGGAGCGGUACGCAAUACUCUGACCCUCCACCACCUGGCGAGGACCGACCUGCGCUCAGAACUCAGCUGCGCGGCCUCCAACAGUAACCUGACCGAGCCGCGAACAACCACACUGCGACUGCAGCUGCUGCUGCCACCUCUGGACGUGAGCCUGUCGCAGCUGCCCGACCACCUGAGGGCAAAGGUCACCUACAGGGUCACGUGCACGGCACGUGGGUCUCGGCCGGCGGCGAGAAUCCGGUGGCUUCGGGGAGCCUACAGUCCGAUUGUCAGCGGCAUUCGAGAACUGCCGUCGGCGGAUCCGAACAUCACCGUCAGCGAGCUGACGCUGACUGCUGAUGUCGGGGAGGACAGUUUGGAGCUAACCUGUUUGGCUGAGAACGCUCAGCUGCCGCAGAGAGCGGCCAUCAGCGCCACACGCUCCCUGCCCGUCCACUAUCCACCUCAGAUUUUACUGCAGAUCGGCAGGACUCUGGUGGCCAGCGACAUCAAGGAAGGCAACGACGUCUACUUCGACUGUCAGGUCCGGGCCAACCCGCCCGUCACGGAACUCUCCUGGUACCACCAGGGGAAGCAGCUGGUCAGCGACCGCCACUCGAAUGUGAUGAUCAUCGACCGGAGCCUGGUGCUGCCGAACGUUUCGCGUCACCAGGCCGGCAGCUACACGUGCGGCGCCUCCAACGCCGAGGGGCACAACCAGAGCGAGCCGCUGCUGCUGCAGGUCAUGUAUCUGCCUCGUUGUCAAAUAGAGCAGCAGACGGUAUUCUUUCUACCGGGACGCAGCUUUGAGCUGCGCUGUCAACUGCAGGCCCGCCCCACCCAGGUCCGGUUCAAAUGGGACGUCAACAGCACAGCUACUGAGUACCGGCGAGCGCCUCUGACUAGAUUCAGCACCUCGGGCAGCUCCAGCUCCGUGCAGCACCGGCUGGACUCUGAGGAGUCGGCCGAGGUGCGCUGCUGGGGCAGCAACGCCAUCGGACUGCAGCGGACUCCGUGCAUUUUCCAUCUGGAGCCGGCAGGUGUUCCGGAGCCCGUGCAAGGAUGCACGGUUAGCAAUAGCACCAUAACGUCGUUUGACGUCCGCUGCAAGCCAGGAAACGACGGAGGGCUACCGCAGACGUUUGUUCUAGAAGUUCGUGACGUCAACACACAACAGGUGAUACACUCAGUAUCUCAGAAGAAGGCCGAGUUCCACGUCCGCGGUCUGAGUCCCGGGGCCAACUUCAGCGUGACGGUGUUCGCGUCCAGCGCCCGGGGCAGGGGACAGCCGCACGUGCUGCAGGUCGGCACUGUCACCAUGAUACCCGACAGGAUCGCGUACAGCCGGUCGGCGGCCGCUGGUCCCGUGGCAGCCGUGCUGGGAGGACUGGUCCUGCUGCUGCUGCUGCUGGCCGCGGCAGUGAUCGUCUCCCUGCGCCGUCGACUGCCGCGCCGGGGACCGCUAAAAACGGCCGAGCAGGAGGCGCCGGAGGUUACCGGCAGUGGGCGCGACCAGCCGAGUCCAGAUCUCCUGCCCACAGGUUCCGGGGCUCGCAGUCUGUCCGGGUUUUCCGACUGCAGCGUAGUUAGUUCGCCGCAUCAAAUGACCGCUAAUUACAAGUCGCGACUGAAGCGGACAGACGAGGAUAUGUUCGAGUCAGCAGAUCACGUGAUCCCCAACCCGCUGGACGUCUACGGGCACCGAUCUGUGGACCCGGUACGGACUGUGGGGUCACUGGGGCGCGACCCGGCCCGGUCAAGGUCGGCCCACAUGCCCACUAGCGCCGCCUAUCGGACAUUCUCAGACUGCGGGCGGCUGACGGUGCAGGACCGGGACCACAGCGCCGUCUGAUUGGCGCUCACAGUGACUCGCCGACUGUGAUUGGCCGAGGUCAGAGGAAGUGCUGUGUGAUUGGCGGGCGCUCGAACAGACCCGCCGUGUGGUUGUCGUUGUCGGGUGAUGACGCAGUGAUGCCGGGCGCUGUUCGGUGAGCUGGCCGCCCUGUUGUGAUCAGUGUUCACUGUUCAGUGGGCGUCUCGGACCGCCGUGGUGCCGUUGGCGGUGGGAGCUGUUGUCAGACUUCGUUAUGAAGAUGUGACAUUCUACUGACGUGUGUUGUCGAUCGUCGUUUUGUAUUGCUGGCCAGCACAGUUCGAAUGCUGUCCUGUUCCAGAAACUAAGCUCACAGUUUUACCAAUCCUGUCCCAUCGUAGGUAAGUACAUAGUGUUCCUAGAAGAAAAUGUGCAUCUGCUUUGCUGUAUGAGGUGCGAAUGGUAUGACAAUCAUAUAUCUAUGGCCAGUGUAUCAGAUAUGUACUUGUAUGUUAUUGUUUGCUGUUUUACGUGAAUGAGUCAAUAUUGCUCUAUCGUCAGUUAGAUCGUAAGGACGGCGGUAUUUUCUAAACCGAAUUUUAACAUGCUGAUAGCAAUUACUGACCAGGAGGAUGCUAACUAGUUUGUUGAUACGUCAUUGUUUUUCUCAAUAAAACAAUAAGCUUGUUAUUAAAGAUAUCAAUUUCAUGUUAUACAUAUAUGAAUUCAAUCGCAUAUUAAAGCUCGCCUAUGACUCGUUAUCAAAUUGGUGCUUGAAUGACAAAACAAUCUCUUGCUGCCGAUGACUUCUUCCCGAAAAGUCGAUGGCUGAGUGUCGGACUGCUCAAAUGUCGAGGCAGCGCUACUGUUCUGAGUGUGCCCGCUGGCAUUCUUUCGUACGCCUUUCCAGAGGCUCAUUUCGGUGGCUGGCUCCUUCUGAAGUGGGCUGAAAUAACGCCGAUUCUCUGAUCACUAUCGUCGUGCUCGCUGUCCCGUGCUGGCGUGGCUAACCGUUGUUUUGAUACCGUUGAGUGCAUGAUAAGCCAUAAUGUGGCAUUGUGUGCAAUGUGGAUGUUUGCUGAAACAUGUCAUUGUAAAUUGAAUUGAAAAGACAACUUUAUAAAUGGAAUAUAUAUAGUAUCAUACUGUUACA